AUGGCGCCUACCUCUUUCGCUUCGGCAGCGGCAGGAAGCAAUGCUAGCGCAGCGCGUGCAGAGUCGAGUGCAGAAUGGUACUUCCCGAUUCUUCUUAACUCGCUCGCUUCCACCAUGACCAAUGACGUGACCUACGUGCCCAGUGCUCACCAGACAUUUGAUAGGGCUCGACGGACAAACGGUGCCACGCAAACUUUCCGGCGGCCUUCACACGCGACCUCGCUCUCCGGAUCCACCGCCCAGUCGUCUUCGAGAGACACUCCUGCCUAUCAAAACUCAUCAAAUCCCGGCGUUUACGUGCCUCCGCAUGCGCAACCCGGACGCAAUGGCAGCACUGCAGAGGGUCGCUUCUCACGGGAGCAGCUGACGCAGCUGUUCAGGACACAGAGGGAUAGCGAUGAACUCCUGGACGACCUGUCUUCGCUGUCUAUGGGCGGCCUGGAGCAGCACGCCGCGAAUGGAGCAUCGAGUGGUUCGUGGGGUCGCAACCACGACCACAGCAGGGACAUUCAAAGCGGGGUCGACCAGUGCUGGGAUCGCGAUGGCAGCAUAGAGCCGCUGAGUCUUCGCGACCUGACGGACGAAGAGAGAGAGGUCUUUCUUUCGUCUGUCAACUCCCCAAUGAAACCGCCUGUGCAGAACACGAACAAGGACGGAACCCCCAAGGAAGGUCUGUCCCUGCGCAAGACGUCGGUAUCGCAGGGUGGCGGUACGCCCUACGGCGUGUCAUCGCCUACGAGCACCCGCCCAGGCGGUCGCCGCCGUGACACAAGCGAAGCUUCCUACUUCCCUCAGUCUCCAGCGACUUCACGAUUCGCGCGCGAAGAGUCGAACACAGUCACCCCGCCACCUGCGCUCGUGCGCCGCAGGACCGACUACAAGGAGACAAGUGCGAGCGGCAAUGGCGAGGAGCGAGACAAGGACAAGGGUGCAGCUGAGAAUGCUGGACCUCAUGGUUCUUUGAAGCGCACAACGACUGCGCCCUUUAGCCCGGGCGGCACCACUUCACCGUGGUCUGCAUCUGGGGGCGGCGCAUUUGGGGCCUUUGGUAGCUUUGGUAACCCGCAGCCGGACAAGAAGGCCGGGCUCGGAAGCAUGCGUGGCGAGAGCAGAUUCAAGGGACUCAUGGGUAAAACCAGUGUUGAGGACUUUGAAAAAGAACCAAGGGAGAAGGCCUCGCUUAGCAACCUCGGAACGCUUAGCGAGGCGGAACCAGGGAAGUCAAGUGGAUCGUGGAUGGAGGCUCGUUCAAAAAGGCCCAUGAGCAACGACACGGAUCCUUACCCAGAAGACGACAUGCCAACUGGUAGUGCAGCUCUACGCGGCGGCGACGAUCUCAGCCCCCCUCGACGACAAGGCCAAGGAGCAUUUGGAACACCGCAACGCCCAGACGGACGCAACGACGUGUCUGCUGUAUUCGGAAUGACACAGGAUAACACUGGCAUGCGCGACAUUUUCCAGCGUGGAGACUUUACGCACCACUCUCCCAUGAGCCCAACCGACACCAACCCGUAUCAAAGCCCCAAUCACGCGCGCGACGGGCAUGAGGAUGAUUCAGAUGGCUCGGAUGGCCAGAACGCGCAUUACCCAGGCAUGGGCAGUUUCCAAACCGACCAGCCUGGCCCUCAUGGUCUGCACAACACUUUUGGAGGACUGGGCGGGCUCGGACGAGCUCCUGGACCAUUCGAAGUAGCUGCGAGCGAUCGUAGUCAGACCUCCAGCGUAGGACCAGCCCGAGGGUUUCCAACUCUUCCUGGCCUUGGUGGACUGCCUGGCCUAGGUGGUGCCUCAGGGUGGCCCUCUGGGCCUCAGGCUCUAGGAACUCCUAUUCGAGAGCGCGGUCUAGGUGCCUUUGACGGCGCAUUUAGCAACGUUGGAGAAGCUCAGUCGCCUUCACUCGCUGGUCUGGGCAGCAACUCGUUGUUUGAGGUGCAUUCGGCGGUCAGGCUCCUCGCACGUGACACUGACAGCCCUUUCCGCACGAUUGCGAACCGUGCGCUGUUCGAAGAUUUCUCUGGAGCUUCCGGCGAGGAUCACGGCUUACCAUUUGGACAAGCACAGUCCAACGCAGCUACCACGUCGCUGCUCAAUGGCCGCACUCAACCAGACUCGCACUGCUCAACCAUCAACCCCAGGCGUCAACAAAUGAGGUGGAUCUACCGUGAUCCUUCUGGGAAUACGCAAGGACCAUUCUCCGGACUCGAGAUGCACGAUUGGUACAAGGCCGGCUUCUUCUCCCCCGAACUGCUAGUCAAAAAGCAAGAGGAGCCAGAGUACGAGCCGCUCGCCCAGCUUAUCCGCCGCAUCGGAAACUCUAGGGAGCCCUUCCUCGUGCCUCAGAUCGGUAUUCCACAUGGGCCGCCUACAGCUCAGCCAGGCAACUCUUGGGCUGGCUCUGCUGGUCCAACCCCGACUCCAGGGGCCCAGCCUCCAUUUGCGAACAGUUUCCCUAGCUUUGGGACAACCCUGACCGCGGAGCAGCAGAAUGCACUUGAGCGUAGAAAACAAGAAGAACAAUAUCUAAUGGCCCGUCAGAAGGAGCAUUUGGCUGCGCAGCAACAAGCGCUUGCCAGGCAAGUUCAGAUUGGCGGCAUCCUGCCCAAUCAACUGCAGCAUCACGCCAGUGCCCACAGUCUGCAGAGCCAGCCAAGCUAUGGCAGCAUCACAUCUCCAGGUGGCUAUCAACCUUCGCCUAGUCAAGGAGGUGCCCCCGGUGCGUCCGUUCCAGGCCUCAUCGAUAAUGCCUUCCGAGCUGGGCCCGGAACCGUUCCAGGGCUUGGUCCAAUUGGCCCAGGCUCCGAGAUGGCGGGCAAUUCCAGGGAAGAGGACGUCCCUGGCCUGAUGGAGCGUCUGAACAUUGGGCGUGCUGGACAGCCUCCGUUCGGCGCGGGUCAGCAGGGCUUUGGCCAGCAACAAUCUGAGCCCACCCAUGCUCAGCAGGUCGUGGCUAUGCUCAGCGAUCGCGCCCGCUUGCAACGCGAGCAGCAGGAGCAUGACACAGUGCAACGUUUCGCCCCAAAUGACCAGCAAAACGCGCAAUCGUUUGCUGACCGGUUUCAACAAUUCAACGAGCUACGACUUCAGACUGACUUGGACCAAUCUGCCAAGGUUGCACCACCACCAGAAGGUAUCAUAGGAAAGCCGUCAGGCUCUCAGGCACAGCAACAGGGAGAUCAAUCCGAGUCUGAUUCUCCCGACUCCAACGCCCAGCAGUUCCAGACAGACUCAUCGUCUUUCGGCCAAGAGCCUUUGUCUCUGACUGAGCAGGUUCAGAAAGCCCAAUCAGCAAAGCACUCGCCUCAGCCCCAGUCCGCAUGGAACAAGGUAGAGCCGGCCAUCUUCCCAUUCCCGCCUGCGCCUUCGCAGUCCCCACUACCUGCUCCAGCAGCACAGAGAAAGCCAAUCGUCGCGGAGAAUCUCACAACCGAGUCUCGAUCUGGUGCCGCAACGCCUGCUGCCGACACCCCUAGUGCCUCGAUCGCUCCAUGGGCCAAGGAGCCUGCAGAGGCCGCUAGAGGUCCUUCUCUGAGGGAGAUCCAGGAAGCUGAAGCAAAGAAGGCUGCUGAACGCGAGGCAUUGGCAGCGGCUGCUCGCCGUGAGGCGUUCGAGAAGGAGAUGCAAGCCCAGACGCAAUCACCUGUUGUACAGCCAGGUCUGCCAUCCAGCUCUACGUGGGCUAGCGGAGCAUCGCCUGUCACCCCUGGUGGAGCUGCUGCGUCCGUCUGGGGAGCUAAACCAGCACCCGGAAAAGCUGCCACGCCAUCCGCCUCGCUCUCGAAGAAGACGCUGCAGCAGAUCCAGAAGGAAGAAGAGGCGCGCAAGCAACGCGCCGUUACUCAAGCCGCUCAAGCCGCUACUGCAUUUGGUGUCGCCGCUCCUGCUCCCUCGGGUGGUAAGCGAUAUGCUGACCUCGCGAGCAAAGUGACAACAGCAGCACCCAGUGCCCCGGGCGUUAACAGUGCCUGGACAACUGUCGGUGCCAGUGGCAAGACCAAGCCUCCGGGUAGUUCUACCCCCACGCCUGCUGCGGCUACGCGCUCUGUCAGCACUACAAUCGUGCCAUCUGCAGUCAAGAAGCCUACAGUGACUCGCAGCACUACAAUCGGUGGCCAGUCUGGUAAGCUCAACGCUGAGGAGGAGUUCCGCAAGUGGGCUGUCAAUGAGCUCCGUCACGACCUCAACAAGAGCAUCAAUGCCGAAGACUUUGUUUCGUCUCUUCUCAGCUUCCCCGCUGACGCUGAGCUCAUUACCGAAUCUGUGCACUCUGCCUCCAGCACUUUGGACUCUCGCCACUUCGCCGAGGAGUUCCUCCGCCGUCGCAAGCUUGCUGACAAGGGCAUCAUCGACGACCGCAACACUUCUUCUCCUGCAGAGAACAAGUCGUCAAGCAGCGGCUGGUCCGAGGUUGCCAAAAAGGGCGGCGCAUCGACCCAGCCGCAGCAGCCAGCGUCUCUCGAGAACAGCAUCUUCAAGGUCGUGGCGGCUAAGAAGAAGGGCAAGCGUUAG